AUGUCAAACCCACAUUUAGACGACGACUUGGUUCCUGAACAAGUUGAAGGAUACACUGUUGCUGAAAAGAAAACCAUUGAUGAGUACAACAAGCUUGAUGCAGAGGAUGAAAGUCUUGCCAAAUGGAAAGCCAGCUUAGGUCUUGGCUCUGCUGACUCAGCGCCAUACCCUGUGCAACCGGGAGAUAAUCGUAAGGUCGUUGUUGUAGAACUCGCGUUGGAAUUCCCUGAACAACCCGAACUCGAACCUAUUCGUAUUAACCUCGAAGAUGAUCAGGGUAAAACGAUUGUUGGCAAAGAGAUCAAAUUCAGCAUCAAAGAAAAGAGUGUUUAUCAACUCGUGGUCAAAUUUAGAGUUCAACAUGAGAUUAUUACUGGUUUAAAAUACUUGCACUCGGUGAAACGUGGUGGACUUAGAGUGGAAAAAUUAGAAGAGCCAUUGGGCAGUUAUGCUCCAAAUACGCAGGAUAAGCCAUAUUACGAAAGGAAAUUUACCGAGGUUGAAGCACCAAGCGGUAUGAUUGCUAGAGGAACUUACUCUGCAGUGUCAAAGUUUGUGGAUGAUGACAAAAACGUCCACUUGACCGUUCCAUGGAGUUUCUCAAUAGUUAAAUAA